GCCAGCCUCUUAGUCGUUUACACUUUUUGGGCGUGAUAGGUUUUAAUUUGAACGUGGCUCCCAUCGAAAUGGUCUCAAAUUAAGAUAAAUUAAUACAACUAUCUAUAAGAUGGUCUGUUGCUACGUUAGCUCGCUAAUUAAGCAACAAUUUAAUCACGACACAACAGCUAAUUAGCUAGCGAAUUUAGCUAGCUUUUGCCAAAGCUGCUACGUAGCUAGCGCAACAACACUGCUAAAACUUGGAGACGUUAGCUAGCUACCCAAUCUAGUUUGAUGGAGUGCCCUCAUUUGAACUCCAAUGUUUGCAUUACCAUAGAUUCCUCAAGCUUCCCCCAUGGUUCCCCAUCUUCCUGGUGUUGCAGCGUUUGCAGGUCAAACAAAAGUCCCUGGGUAUGUCUCACCUGUCUCCAUGUGCAUUGUGGGAGGUAUGUGAAUGCUCACGCUAAGCUGCACUAUGAGGACGGUCAGGUGACGGGAGGUGGUGGGCAGAAGAGAUGUGAGGAGCCGGAGAAGAAUGCUCAGCACCUGGUCUGUAUGGACUGUAGCAGCUACAGUCUCUUCUGUUACAGGUGUGAUGACUUUGUAGUGAACGACACCAAGCUAGGACAUGUGCAGAAGGUGAGAGAGCAUCUACGGAGUCUGGAGAACUCUCCGCUGGCUGUUGACAGACGGACCAAGAGGAAACUCCUGGAAAGCAACUCUCCUACCAGUAAACUGUUGAAGGACAAUGGUGGGGCCUCCGCUCUCUCUGCCAUGGGAUUACGUAACCUAGGCAACACAUGCUUUAUGAACGCCAUCCUGCAGUCUCUCAG